GGGCUGCCGGGAGCGCAGCGCGCGCCGCCCGGGCCCCGGCACUGCUCGCCCUCCGGACCCGACCCUUCCGGAGCAGGGACCGCGGCCACCGCGCCGGACGCGCCCCCCGCCGCGCGGGACGCCACAGCGGACGAGACUUCCCCGCGCCGGACAUCGCUCCCCACUCCCCCGGCCGGGCCUGGACGUCGUGCCCUCCUCCUCCAGGGGCCCCCAGUGUCGCCCCCUGCACCCCCGAGGGGGUCCCUGACACCCAGCACUGGACGUCGCCCCCCCCCGCCCCCCCGCGCGCCAAGCCCCACAGGCUCCGCGACCCCGGCCCGCGCGCCCGAUGCCUCUCCCCGGGGGGCUGUGGUGGCGGCUCCUCUGCUGCCAUCGGGGCUUCACCCUGCUGCACCGGGACUACGGCGACGGCGAGCUCAGCGGGGACGGGGACGGGGACGAGGACGAGACCUUCGAGCUGCGGACCCCGAGUCCGGUGGGCGGCGGGCGGGGUGCCCUGGAGGUGACGCUGACCCAGCCCGGGAGGAGCGGGCCGGUCUCUGACAGGCUGCAGAGCUGGGAGGAGACGCGGAGCCUCAUCAGGGACAAGGGGCUGCGGGAGGACGACCCCGACGUGGUUGUGAAAGGCUGGCUGUACCGAGAGCCCCGCGCAGGAGGGGCGCGGCCGUGGCUGCCCCCGCGCCGAGCCUGGUUCGUGCUCACGCGCGACUCCCUGGACCAGUUCAGUGGCAGCGGGAAGGGCGCGCGGCGCCUCGGCAGCCUGGUGCUCACCAGCCUGUGCUCCGUGACCGGCCCUGAACGCAAGCCCAAGGAGACCGGUCUAUGGUCGGUGACCGUGUCCGGCCGGAAACACAACGUCCGCCUGUGCUCCCCGCGCCAGGCUGAGGCGGAGCGCUGGGGGGUGGCCUUGCGGGAAGUGAUCUCCUCCAAGGUACCCCUGGAGACGCCUACCCAGCUCCUGCUCAGGGACAUCCAGGAGAGUUGUGCGGACCCCGAGGCAGUGGCCCUCAUCUACCGGCGGAACCCCAUUCUGCGGCACACCAGUGGCGCCCUGUAUGCCCCGCUCCUGCCCCUGCCCUACGGAGGGGGCGCCCCAGGUCCGGGCUACGCACCCCUGCGAGAGGAGGCGGUGAGGCUGUUCCUGGCGCUGCAGGCGCUGGAGGGGGCACGGUGGCCCGGGCCCCUGAUGCAGGGCGUGCUGCAAACCUGCCAGGACCUGCCCGCGCUCCAGGACGAGCUUUUCCUGCAGCUGGCUAAGCAGACCUCAGGCCCUGCGGGUCCUCCAGGGCUCCCUGCUACGCAGGACCCCGCCGCCCUGCGGUACUGGCAGCUCCUCACCUGCAUGAGCUGUACCUUCAGGCCUGGGGGCGCAGUCCGGGGUCACCUCCUGGGGCACUUGGAGAGGACAGAGCGGGCGCUCCCCGACUCGGAGCUGGCAGAAUACGCGCGCUUCAUCCGCAGGGCGCUGGGCCGCACGCGCUGCCGAGAGCUGGUGCCGUCGCUGGCGGAGAUCGCUGCGCUGAGCCGGCGGCAGGAGCUGCAGUGCACCGUGCACUGUCCCGGCGCCGGGGCCUGCCCGGUGGCCAUCGACUCCUACACGACCGCGGGCGAGGUGGCUCGGGAGCUGGUGGGGCGGCUGGGUUUGGCGCGGAGCCGCAACGCAUUCGCGCUGUACGAGCAGCGCGGGGCCCAGGAGCGCGCACUGGCCGGGGGCACCGUCGUGGCCGACGUGCUCACCAGGUUUGAGAACCUGGCGGCCCAGGAAGCCGGGCCCGAGGACUCAGCGGACCCGGGGUGGAGGCUGUGCCUGCGCCUUCAAGGGCCUCUGCAUCCCGAGGGCCUGUCCCCCGACGGCCCCCAGCUGCCGUUCCUCUUUGAGCAGGCUCACGCUCUGCUGCUGCACGCCCGGCCCGCCCCGCCCGCCCCGCCGCGGCCUGCGCCCUCCGCCGCCCUGCUGGCCGGGGCCGCCCGGAGCCCCUGCCUGGCCGCGAGGCACGCGGAGCGGGGGCCACGGCGGGGCGCGGCGGGGAGCGCGGAGCCAGGCCGGGGAGGCGCACGCCCAGCGGCCGCGGUGCUGGGCGGCUGGAAGCGGCUGCGGGGCCUGGGCCGGGCCGAGGCCAUGGCUGCCUACCUGGCGCUGGCGGCGCAGUGUCCAGGGCUCGGCGCUGCUCGGUAUGACGUUCUGGAGCUGAGCACGGAGCCUGGCCGAGGCGCUCCACAGAAGCUGUGCCUGGGCCUGGGAGCCAAGGCCCUGUCCCUCUCCCGGCCUGGGGACCCGGAACCUAUCCACAGCGUCAGCUAUGGCCACGUGGCCGCCUGCCAGCUGAUGGGCCCUCACACCUUGGCGCUGAGAGUCGGGGACAGCCAGCUCUUCCUGCAGAGCCCACAGGUGGAAGAGAUCAUGCAGCUGGUGAAUGCCUGCCUGGCCCCGUCCCCGGAGAGGCCUCCCUGCCAAGACCAGCCAGAUGCCCCCCCUCCCAGCCUGGACGAGCCCCACGGACAGUCUGGAUGCUUGGGGCAGCUGCAGGACUGAGCCUGCCAAAAGGUCACGGCUUCCGUGCCGCCUCCGGCCCGGGGCCAGAGCUGCCCUGGAAUCUGAGGGGACACAGACCCUUCCGGCCCUGCAGGGACAGGGCCCACCCACACCCAAGGACUGAGAUGGUGUGGGCAAUUUUCUAGUUUGUUUCUUAAUUUAUUUGUAGAACAGAAGCAAAAAAAAAAAAAUUCCUUAUUUACACAAA